AUGAAGUGUGCGGGGAAGUGUUACCUGCGGAUUGUGGAUUAUAGGCAGCCUUUGAAUAUUGCCCAAUUUUAAUUUAAUGUAAUUCCUAAAAGCUUUUAGUUUCCCAUUAUUUAUUUUAAAUCAUAUUAUUCUAUUGGUUACAGUGAAUACAAUCCUCAACAGAAUUGUGUUGUCGUUAAUAAUAGAAUUAUCGCAACUGCGAGUUGCGACUGAUUCGGUAUUUAUUAUUGAUAUUUUUUAUUUAAUUCAUUUUGAAUAAAUCGUGAGCUUUCAUCUACUAAACGUGUUGAACAUAACGUUUUCUACGCGUCUGAAGUCCAGAUUUAUUGCGCAAGUGAUCGAUUUAUUAAAAACAGUGCGAUCGAUUGAUAAAUUGAAAAACUAGUAAUCAAUAUGUCCGACGGUCACGGCGAGCCGAAUACGCUGCGGAAAGAUAGCGUUGCGACCGCCAACGUAUCCAGUGAUAGUCCUGUGACCGAUCCUGGUCAGGUCCGGGGCGGCAAUACAGACGGAAACGCUGGAAAAUUCGAAGGUCAGCGCGGGAAGUCUGGCGCGCUGAAAAAGUCGGCUCGCUACAGAAGCCGGUCACUUUCCGCGUCGUCUGCGGAUUCCUACAGCUCAACGUCAUACACCGGGUCGUCAUCCGAUGAGGAUGAGGGUGUACAACCCCACGAGAAGGCCAUCGCAGCUGGUCAACCCAAUCCUCCGUAUUGCGUGAGAAACGUGGAGCAACAUGGGUUCGGGAGGCGGGAAAUAGAAAUCGCCGAACAGGAGAUGCCGGGUAUUAUGGCUUUGAGGGCCAGGGCCAAGGACGACAAGCCUUUGAAGGAUGCUAAGAUCGUGGGUUGCACGCACAUAAACGCCCAAACCGCUGUGCUGAUAGAGACGCUAGCCGCGCUCGGCGCGACCGUCCGCUGGGCGGCGUGCAACAUCUACAGCACGCAGAACGAGGUGGCCGCUGCGCUUGCGCAUGCUGGUUUCGCGAUAUUCGCAUGGCGCGGUGAAAGCGAGGAGGCGUUCUGGUGGUGCAUAGACCAGUGCUGCACACCCACUGGGGCGUGGCAGCCGAACAUGAUACUCGACGAUGGGGGUGACGCCACUCACCUGAUGCUGAAGAAGCACCCCACCGCCUUCAAGCAGAUAAAAGGGAUAGUCGAGGAGAGUGUGACGGGUGUGCACAGACUGUACCAGCUGAGUAAGGCCAACAAGCUCUGCGUGCCCGCCAUGAAUGUCAACGACUCCGUUACCAAGACGAAGUUCGACAACUUGUAUUCUUGCAGGGAGAGCAUUAUAGACGCACUCAAGCGCAGCACAGACCUCAUGUUCGGCGGCAAGCAGGCCGUCGUGUGCGGCUACGGGGAGGUUGGCAAGGGCUGCUGCCAGGCUCUGAAAGCGCUCGGGAGUGUGGUGUAUGUAACAGAAAUCGAUCCCAUUUGUGCGCUGCAAGCCGCUAUGGAUGGUUUCAGAGUUGUCAAACUAAAUGAGGUCAUCCGGCAAGUGGACAUAGUGAUAACGGCGACCGGCAACAAGGGCGUGGUCACGCGCGAGCACAUGGAGCGCAUGAAGAAUGGGUGUGUCGUGUGCAACAUGGGGCACAGCAACACGGAGAUCGACGUGCACGCGCUCCGGACGCCCGACCUGCUGUGGGAGAGGGUGCGCAGUCAGCUGUUCUCGCAGGUCGAUCACAUAAUCUGGCCGAACGACAAGCGCAUCGUGCUGCUGGCGGAGGGCCGGCUCGCGAACCUGUGCUGCUCCUCGCUGCCCUCGUUCGUGGUCUCCGUGACGGCGGCCACGCAGGCCCUCGCCCUCAUCGAGCUGUACAACGCGCCGCAGCACCGGUACAAGGCGGACGUCUACCUCUUGCCGAAGAAAAUGGACGAAUACGUAGCCAGCCUCCACUUGCCGACAUUCGACGCACACCUCACCGAACUGACCGACGAGCAGGCUAAGUACCUAGGUCUCAACAAGGUCGGCCCGUUCAAACCCAACUAUUACAGAUACUAGCAUAAACAAUCCAGGGCUAAGAAAUCGCGAAGUCGAACGCCCAACAAGAAAGCCUAGAUUUGUUACUAGCAACUUUGUAUAUGUCAACUGUCAUCUGUCAAACGUCAAUGUCAUCGUUUUGUUGCGGAACGCUGGAUUUGAAUUUGGAACGGUUGCUCGUUUUUCUUUCCAAUUCUGUUCGUUUAAAUUUUGAUAUGUUUGUGGAAUGCUUGUCGCGAUGCUAAAGAAUAUAUAAUAACGGUUUUAUUAUCAUGAUUUGUCAUGAUCAAAAUUUUAUAAUCGAUAAUUUGUGUACUAUUUCACUUUUUUUAUUAAUUUGUGUUAUCUUUAGUCGAUCCUUCUUAUGUAUUAAAAAUAUAUCAUAUCAACCCACCAAAGCUAAAUCUAAAAUGUACAAAUAUUAUUGUUUAUAUUAUGGUCUAUAGUUAAUUCCUGCUUAUUUAAAAUUUGUUUACAACGUUUGAAAAUGUUCUAUUCCAUGUUUCAAGCAUUUUUCGUGGAGUCUCAGUGUUGCCAUAUUUUAUUAAUUAUUAUUUUUAAACGAGUCUCCAGAUAUUAAAGUUGUAUUUUCAUUUAUUAAUUUGAAUAAUUUGUAAGUUGAAAGUAUUAUUUAAAUGUAUUAAUUUUUUUGUUUUGGGAAAUAUAUUUUUGUGUAUUUCGCGUUUCACCAGCAUUAUUUAUACAUAAUUUUACAUUAUGUUUAAUAUAAUUUAUAUAUCUCUAAAACGGCCAUAUUUUUAGUUACAAAAUGGUACUAUCAAUUCAUUUGAUAAUUUGUUUAUUAAAUUUAUUCAUAACAAUCUUCUGAUUAUGUGUUGUUUAAUUUAUCUGCAGUAUAAAAUGCCAUAUAGGAAACUAUAUCUCAAAAGUGUUAAAAACUUUAUAAUUUAAAUUGUAACCGUUAGGAGAGAAGGGUGUGAUGUCAGUAUUGCUUAAACAUAAUAUUUUGCCAAUCGAUGUGACUUAUUAAAUAAUAUACAGCUUUUGUAAAGGAGAUGAUUAAAAAAAAACAAACAAAAAA